AUGGCGGAAAGGACUGUACUCUUUUAUUACAUCUUUUUAGAGCUUGUGAAAUAUAAUAAUCAAAAACAAAUAAAUGGAUUUUAUAUAAAAAGUGAUGAUGAAUUCCCAGAAGUUGUUGAAUUUGUUAAUUCAAUUUCCGAAAAAUAUAAUUUAGAAGUUCUUGAAUUGGAAGGGCCGUUAAAAAGUGGAUUGAUUUGUUUAAAAAAUAAAAAGCCUGAAAUUGUUGCUACUCCAAUGGGUUCUCGUUAUAGUGAUCCUAAAGCUGCAAAAAUGAAAUCUAAAUGUGAAUGGACUGAAGAAGGAUGGCCUUCUUUUUUAAGAGUCUGUCCAUUGUUGGAUUUUAGUUAUUCUGAUAUUUGGAUUUUAUUACGUUAUUUAUGUAUUCCAUAUUGCUGUUUAUAUGAUCAAGGAUAUUCUUCUUUGGGUGAAAGGAAAAAAACUGCAAAGAAUCCACAUUUGAAAAUAAUUGAAAAUGGUGAAGGAGAAAGAUAUUUCCCUGCAUAUAUGUUGAAAGAUGAAAAAUCUGAAAGAAUUUUUCGUGAAGAUCGGGUCUCUGAAGAUGAGUGUGUCUUAAAAAUUAGUUGA